GAGCCUGUGGCCGUAGUGUUUGGUUUGAUAGUUCAUAGCGUUGGAAUCUUUUCUCCGUUUACGAUGACUGCAGUUGGUUUCAGAAUUUUAAAGAUAUGCAAAUUUGGUGGCACUGAAGUCAUCAUGUCAUUAGCAUGAAUAAUUGUGGUGAUUCGGCUGGGCGAACAACAGCGUAAUUGGUAGUAGUGAAUCGUUUUAACUUGAUACCGCGUAGGGAAUGGAUUAAACAACCACGUCUCCUUUUUUGUUCCACCACUGUGGAUUCAUUCUUCAGUUGCGCAGCUAGAGUUAAGUAUCAGAACAAGGGAAACAUUGUGUUCGAUAAAAAACUUUCACGGUUUAGUCGACAUUUCGUUGCUACAGUGAAAUCUAUACGCUGCUUGCGGGUUCUGGUUGCCUGGUUUCAUAUUUAGCGUCGCCAACCCUGUCAAUCUGCGUUGAGCUACUCUUCGAAAACGUGUCUCUAUCUUCACAUGGUUUAAAUGUCAUCAACUUGUCGUGGAUCUAAACAGCAAGGAUUCCAAGAUCACAAAUUCAUCGCUGAAGCGAACGGUGUUUUCAAAGCUGAAAACUUAUUGGAAAGUUUGUUAUAACUUGGCAUGGUUUAGAUGUUAUGCUAUUAAUGGCAUGGCUUAAUCGAGAGAAGGAUCGGUUUUUGAUAAACAAACGACUUUGUGGUGGAAAGAAAACAUCACGGAAAUUUCUAGAGGUUUUUUUAUCGAAGCUUUAGGUUUGAGCUGAUACUUCAACUUUCACCAUGAGAACGAACGAAAAUUGGCCCGAAGCUUUCGGUUUUACCGUCGGCGGACGGGCUCCUGUUGUUAUCUUGUCUGUUGACGAAAAUUCAGUCGCUCAAAGAGCGGGACUUCAACCCGGCGAUCAAAUACUCGAAGUCAAUGGAGAAAACGUUCAAGGAUUAAGCAAGGAAGAAAUAAUCCUAUUGGCAAAACGAUCGCGAACUGUCCCUCCAGCUCUCGCUGUAAUUUCGCGCAUUCGCACGUUUGAUCUGCGUCGAAGAAGAGGACGUUUUGGUUUUGCAGUGCGCGGAAAGGGUCCUGUUUUUAUUGAGGAUGUAGAACAGGGAAGCCCGGCUCAGAAUGUCGGUAUUCGUCGCGGAGAUCUAAUUCUCCGUUUAAAUGGUGUUAACUUAAGACAUAUGAAUGAGGAUCAAGUUGGAGAAAUGAUAGAUACUUGUGGUCCUACAAUUUCUAUAGUUCUCAUAGCUGGAGCAGCGGACAUCGGAAUUACGGAUAAAAGAGGAGGAAAGAGUUCGUCUUCGCGAUACAAGAGAGCUAAAGAUUUCUUUGUGCAGAUGAACUAUUACUUAGCCGGUAAUGAAAGCAUUAAAAAGGAGCUUGUCAAGGCCCUGAACCAAUAUGCACGAGACAGAUCCAUUGAGCAACUGGCACAGAGUCUCAAAAGAAUACUUAAAACUCCAGUGGAAAGGAAACUGCUUCGGGACAUCAGGAGUUUCAUCCCCAAACGGGAACAGCCACUGUUUGACAUCUUGGUUGGAAUGAAUGGUGAAAUAUUACAUUCUGAGAAACAGUCUGUUGAUGAAGACUUCCUUCCAGAUUUUUCCAGCAGCACUGACUUAGAGUUUUCAGAAUAUAACAGCAUGAACACUCCUGCUCUUGGCAGGUUUGGAACAUGGUCAGCUGGAUCAACUCAAGCUAGUCAGUACAGGGAAAACUUUGCAAGACGGCAAGCAAGGGAGAAUAUGGCUGCUCCACCAAGGACUGUGAGAAUAAUAAGAGGGGGACCUGGUUCAGGGUUUGGAUUUACACUCAGUGGCGAUUCUCCUGUUUUUGUUAAAACUGUCGACAGAGGAGGAGCAGCUUCUCAGGCAGGGAUCAAAUCUGGUGACCACAUCCUUGAGAUAAAUGGACUUAAUGUCAGAGGAAAGUCACAUCAACAUGUGGUGCAACUGUUAAAAGGAAGUGGUUCAAAACCAAGCCUGUUAGUUCAGUGGCGCCCUAUGAGUGCACUAAAGCAUCAGUCGUCACUGUCAUCUCUGCCAUCAUCCAGCAAGUCUUCGCAGCUAUCAGUGACAUUUGAAAAUGAGAGACCUGCAACUGUGUCAAGGUGUUCUUCAAGAACAUCCAAGGCAUUCUCGAUCAGAAGUGAUCUCUUCAUAAAUGGAACAGGGUAUACCAGAAGUGACUUGCAAUCACUUUCGCGCCAGUUCAAAAUACAGAUGAGUCGUUUACUUACACGUGGUGAGCAACUUGUUUUGAAGCAGAGCCUUGAUCAGUACAGUAAAGACAGAAAUGUACAGAGACUGAUCAAUGCACUGGAACCUGUUCUUGAUGAUGGAGCAAAGCUGCAGAUGUUACAUUACCUGAGUGAGCUUCUGCCUGAGGCUGAACAACAAGCAUUUGAUAGAGCUGCUGCAAGAAUGAUCUCUAGGAAAAUGGACACUGGUGUUGUACCUAGUCUGAACACUAACAGUGAUGAUGUUGUGGAUGUACUGUACAGAGUACAAGCCAGACGGCUUGUAGACGCACCAAGAACUCGAACAACAAUGCCAGGAGCAGUUCGAUCAGAGGAGCCUUAUGGUGAUUGGCCAUCAUCUGGCGCAGUCAGAGGACGACAUAGCCCAGGAUUUGGUUAUGGGUCAGAUUUGGAUACCGUGCCAGUGCGGGAGGUUAGAUCCAGAAAUGGCACUCCUGAUUCCGGAUGGGAUGAUGAUGACGACGCGGAACUGGAUCCCGGAGGCCUUGAGGAGUUAGCCGACGCGCUAUUGGCAGAUGAAAUAAGGAAGUCGAGUGUAACCAGCUUGACGACACAGGCGCAGGUCCACGCCCCUUUCGCCGGCUCCUCAACCGAACCAGGAACCUCAGGAAACCGUGGGCAGGGAAUUGUCACGUCAACCCCUCGUUCAGUGUCUUCAGGUGUCAGUGGAGACAGUGGUAUUGUGGUUGGAUCAGGUGAAACGUCUGGGGAAUCAGUGGAGAAAAUCCAACAUCAACUGGCGAUUACUACACAGGAAUUAAUGGAAACAAAAGAGGCGCUGGAUGAGAGUGAGAAGAAGAGGAAAGAAUUAGAAGAGCUUGGAGAUCCCGGCAGUAGACCCAGCUCUCCCAACGCUGUAGAGAAUCCCUUAGACGCUGCGAUUAAAGCUCGGCGGAAAGAUCAAGAUGAGAAAGAAACAGGAGGAACCCAGGAUGUCGCAAGCACAAGUGCCGCUCCUCCCCCACCUCCUCCCCCCAUGGGAGCACCUCCACCUCCGCCGCCACCGCCUCCUCCCCCACCAUCUAUCCCUCCUCCUCCCCCUGUUGGGGGUCCUGGAAACGUUCCCGCUCAAAUGCAAUUGAAGAGAGUGAACUGGGAGAAACUGAGUAUUGCUGGUUUAGAAGACACUGUUUGGGCUAAGUUGGGACAAAACGAGCCGUCAGAAGAAGUCAUCGAGUUCAUUCAACUUGAGCAAAGUUUCAGUGCCAUACAAAAAGUAUCAAGUAAAGAUGAGAAGAAGCCCGAGAAACCACAAGUGAUGAAUCCAAAGAAAACCUACAACAUCGCAAUUUUGUUGGGUCACUUGAAAAUGCCAUUCGAAGAUAUAAAACAAGCGCUCCUGUCGAUGGACGAUAAGAAGUUCAGCGAGGCCCAUUUGAAACAGCUUCUUCUCUAUGCACCUGACAGCAAAGAGCUCCAGAAGUUUAAAUACUUUGCGGACGAUGUUUCUAAGUUGGACAAAGCAGACAGGUUUUGUUACGAGAUGAGUAAAGUGUCUUGGUACAAACAAAGACUGAAAGCAUUGCUCUUUAAGGCUCGUUUUGCUGACAAAGUGGAAGAAAUUAAACCGGAUUUAGAGUCAGUUCUCGAUGCAUCUGGAGAACUUAGAAAUAGUCCAAAACUAAAGAGGAUCCUAGAGCUUGUUCUAGCAAUGGGUAAUUACAUGAACAAGGGAAAUAAUAGGAUAGGAUCAGCCGCUGCAUUCAAGAUCGAGUACUUGAACAAGCUCAGCAACACUAAAACUUCCGAUAACAAAUCCACUUUGCUGCACUUUUUGGUUCAAUCCAUCGAGUCAAAGUGCCCUGAAGUGUUGAACAUCAAAGAAGAACUCAGCACAGUGCCCACAGCAGCGAAAGUUUCGGGGCAAAUGGUGGCUUGUGAAGUGGAAGAACUAGCUGAGGGAAUGAAGGAGCUUAAGUCAGACCUUGGAGCUUUCCGAUCACUGAAGUCACAAGAUUCAAACGAUAAGUUUUCACUUGCGGUCAAGAACAUUAUAGACGAAACAGAAGGGGAAUUGAAUGAUCUGCUCAGCCUGCAAGAAAAGUGCACCAAAGAGUUCCGAGAAACAGUGAAGUUCUUUGGAGAGAAACCCACUUCGGCAACUACAGAGGAUUUCUUUGGUAUUUUUGCAGCGUUUAUUAUGAACUUCACGAGAGCACAUGCAGAAAACGUAUCGAAACAGAAGCUGAAGGAAGAACAAGCCAAAAGAGAGAAGCAAAGAGAAGAACGCACCAAACAACUCAAAAGCUCUAGAGAACGAAGUAUGAGUGACCCUGAUUUCGAACCCAAAGAUGAACUUCAAGAAAGCUUCAAGAAACGCCGUAUAAGCAGGGAACAGAGCAAUGACAAUGUAUUUAGCUCGCCUUCUUCCCCUCGCGAAGCAUCACCUAAGCCACCUUUUUCCCCUCGAGUAGCAUCACCUAACUCGCCUUCUUCCCCUCGCGUAGCAUCACCUAACCCGGCUGCUUCCUCUCGAGUAGCAUCACCUAACUCGCCUUCUUCCCCUCGCGAAGCAUCACCUAACUCGCCUUCUUCUUCUCGAGUAGCCUUACCUAACUCAGUCGUGAAGCCCGUGGAUAUGCAACCGAGUGAAGAACCUCUUUGGACGGUGGUGGAUGUCAGUACAUCGCUUCCUGAGCAUGAAACUCCAAAGGUUGUUUUAGAGCCUGCAAAAGCCCCGGUGGUCGCUAAACCGAAACCUGAACCUCCCCCUAAGCCAAAAUCACCGCAGACGAACGCGACCCAAAACCCUGUAAAAAUAUCGGCUCCAAAACUCAGUAAACCAGAGCCACCAAAACCGAGUUCGAAACCUGCGAAACCGGUUUCACUAAAACCUGUAAGUGCUGCUGGAAAAAUUGAAAUGAGCGGAGCUGACGAGAAUGCCGGUAAAGUGGCUCCAAAGAAGCUCGAGACAGAAGGGAAUGACGAUAAUGAUUCGAAGAGAAGAACGUCUCCGAGUAAGGGAGUGAGAGGUAUGCUAUUAGUAUUUGAAGGGUCUGGACCGGAAAUGCCAAGUUACGCCAAACCGGAUAUGACUCGGAAAAAGCCCAAGUCGUUUUUCAGCGAGGAAACUCCAAAUGCUCCUAGUGUAAAUGACAAUCCAAACAAAGAAGAGAUCCACUCGUAUGAGUCUCCAGCUAUUCCUGAUCGUUAUUAUACACAGGAAGACAUAUCGCUAAUUACUAAGUCACCGCCUACAUCCCCAGCUUCAGCGGAAAGCAGCGGUUCCCUUCAAGCUUCACCCCAACUUGGUCCUUUUGACUCGUCAAAAUUCAACACGACUUCAGACGAAAGCACACCGGUAGGUGACGAAAAUCCUUACGAAGUCGUCGAACCUCGAACUGUUAAACCUAUGGUAAAACCACUUGCUCAGGAAAAGCCCUCACCCCCGCCACCACCGCCCCAUAAUCGCAUUGUUAGCAGAAAAAAUAUGCCCCCAGCACCUCCCAGCCCUUACAGGGAAAGGCGCCCAUCGCCGCCUACACGUGAUGUAAGUUUGCCUAAAGUGGAUCCGGAUUAUGCAGAAGUUGGAGAACUUCGUCGCAAUGAAAGUCCAUAUUCCGAAGUUGUCAAUACUUGUUCGAUGCCCGAAGUGGAGGCGUACUUCACGAGGGAUGUCGUUGCUGACUUCCUGGCCAAAAUGGACGAUGGAAAACGUCAAGCUCCUGCCAAACCACUUCCGUACAAAAAGAAAGACGUUGUGGCAGAUGAAACAAAUGUCAGUGGCCCGCCGCCUAAACCUGCUCCUUUUCGACCGAAAACUAUCCAAGAUAGUUUUCCGAGUAAAAUUGUCACGUCGGAAGAAGAAAGGCUCCAAUCGCCAGCGACUCCGUUUUCCCCUAAGUUCCCUGUCAUUGUUCCUGGUUCGCCAACACUCUCUUCUGCUAAACUUCUCAAUUCUCCACCGUCAUCAAAUUCUUCGUCACCUCAACUAAGCAGGCCGUCACAAUUUAAGCCACCGCCUCCUCCAAGGGUAUCCUCCAUAGCUGACGCUGUAAAAGAUGACGUUAUCAAAGCAUCAACUUCUGCGGUUGAAGCUAGCCUUCAGAAUUCUGGUUUGGAAGUUAAUGGUGGGCCAGAUCGCUUUGACAAAAAUGAAAUCCCAACUCGAGAUACAAACGGUCCGUUACCGUCCAAGCCCACUUUGGCUCCUAAACCUCUUGUCGGCCCCAAACCAUUCCAGGAACGAGUGGACAUUGGACCGCCAAACUUUAAACCCCCACCGCCGUCAUUGUCGUCAUCUCUCUUCACCAGACUUAAUGGAGUCACGUCUGGUUCGGUCACGUCCGACCGCGAAAUAUCUGGGACUCAGAACGGUACAGAUAGCUUCAUAGUUACACCGCCACCCCCUGUUGAGUACUUGGAUGGCAGAUCUGAACGAUCUGCUUCAAAAACAAGCCUGGAUUCCUUGGAUUUGAAAAUCGUCCCUCCGCCACCGAUGCAUUUCAAAGAAUUUGACGAUAACAGCGAUGCAGGAACUGUAGACUUCAGUCUUCAGACUUUAAUUCCGCCGUUAAGCUGGGAAGAAGCAGCUGAUAACAACAACAUAAACAUUUUGUCUUACUCACGGAAGUCGGACACUGGGCUCAAGAGAGGUUCUCAGAAAAGCAACGAUUUAGCGGACUUUGAUCUUGCAAUUGUUCCCCCUCCCCCGCCGAGUUUGCCACCCCCAACACUACCCCUCUCAAGUCAAGAUGAUUACGAUUUGGAUUUGAUACCUUCAACUCUGUCCUAUGGAUCGGGGGAGUUGAAUAUCGACGACAUUCUCGGAGACUUUGAUCAACACCUAUCAGUACAGUCAGAUGAUGAAGAUUCUUUACCUACAGCUCCCCGGUCACCUGCAGAGCGUUACAUGGGAGUGCCCCCUCCCCCUGGGGACGGACUUAUCAAGCCUCUUGUACCCCCGCUAAGGAAACAAAGAUAGCGAACUUAGUGACUGAACUAUCUGCACCGUGGUGUCACGCAAGAUUAACGUCAAGUCAGAAUAUGUUGUCCUUGAGACGUUAGAGUAAAAAUUUGAUUAGAAAAAGAAAGAUUUGUUUAGCUUCAUAUUCUGUUUAAGUUCUUAAAGAGUGAUCUAUUAAUAUAUAAAUAUUCUCAUUUGAUACAUAGCAAGCGCAUUGCCGAAGUUGUGUGCGUAUUUAUAUGAUGACGAAGAUAUGCAGCUCUCUCGUUGGCGAGAGAUGGAUUAAUAUCUUAGACCAUUGGUAAAGAUAUAUCUUUUUUAAUUGUAUGAUAAGUGUGAAGUGUGAUCAAACGAUAAGCUUGGCCAUGUCUUUAUUAGGGACUCAGUAUUGAUUUAGCCCGUAAUCUUGGUUGCGCUUUACAGAAUAUACAUAUAAAGACUUGAUGCUGCGGUCAAUGUCCAUAAAGUCAACGUUCGUCACAGCUUAAUUUUGUAAAUAAUCAAAGCAGUUAUGGCAGAAGGCUGAAAACCCCACAACUGUUAUGUAAUAUUACAAGUGUGAAAUUUAACCCAGAUAUUAAAAUUCUAUUGGAAAUUGUCAUGA